CAUCACAGAGGGACAGUUAAGCUCAGCUCGACCAGCAAACCCUUGGUAUUUCCUAAAUACGCUGCAAUGUUUUACAGAGAAAUUGAGUUUGUGUUUUGUGCUCUUUGUUUGAUACAACUGUCAUUACUUUCAGUAUCGACAAAUUCGCAAACUAGCAGCACAACACCUCCCGGGAAAUACAAUGUCACAGGGCCCAAGCCUUCAGGUUUACAGCAGGUUGUGGACCCAAAUGGAAACUGUUCUCUGAAUACUUCUGAUUAUUCUGCAGUUUAUAACGAGAGAUGUGGAUCUUCGAGACCACUACCACCCUUAUUGCAAUAUUUCUGUGGGUAUAUUGUGAAGAUUCUGCAAAAAGUUUGUACGGAUCAUAAUCCACAGCUGAAAAUAACUGUACCUUCUGAUGAACCCUGGCCUGAAUCUAGAUGUGAGGACCUGAGAAAGCUUGCUGCAGAGAUUGAACAAAUUCAUCCCUCAGAAACAAAUAUCACAGAUUCAGAUUAUAGAUAUUGUCAGUUCAUCUGUGCAGGUCAAGACGCAUUCUGUCAGUUAUUUCGUGGAUCUUUGUUACUGUUGCAACAUUCUGUUACAGGUAAUGGAGGGACUAGUGAAAGUCCAGGUAAUGGAGGGACUAGUGAAAGUCCAGGUAAUGGAGGGACUAGUGAAAGUCCAGGUAAUCCCAUUGCCUUGUGUUACGAAAUAAUGAUAAAUUGGAGCUGUUGCCAUGGUUGCUGUCACUAG